AUGACAGGUAAACCUAGUGUAUGUUUUGUGGUAGUGACAGCAACAUCCGUUAAAGUUUUGGGGUUAUGUAGUGGAUAUUUGAAAAAUCAACAAAUUCCUAUAAAUAUACGCUGUUUUUGUCUUCCUUUUAAUCGUCAUCUUUUGGGGAGAUUUGUGUUUGUGUCUGUCGUACCAUUCAGAAUGGAUGAACACAUUCAAUCGUAUUCGUAUGUUAAAAGUAUUCUGGAUCAAAUCGUGAAAUAUCGGAGAUCAUCAGAUAUUGCUGCAGCACUACAUUACAAUACAAAGUGUUUGCUAGCAGCUUUAGAAAAUACAACCGAUAUCCAGGACAAUGCUGAACAACUAAAAUCUGAACCCAUUAUGCCUGUAACAGAGGCUGGUGAAGAGGCACUUGAAAGAUUAGGAAUAACAGAUGAAAAAUCAUUUGAUGAGCUGCGCCUAUUGAUAGAGAUUCUGAAAAUGAAAGAAAAAUGUGCUGUGGCUAAGAUUGUGGAGAAGAUUUAGUAUUCAAAAUGAAUAUUUAUAUUAUUGAGACUUAAAGACUGUUAUUACUUAGCAAGCUAUAAUUGUAGACAUAGUGAACUCAAAGUUUCUUAAUGUUAUGUUGAAUAUAGUUUUGAAUUAUCUGUGCUGGAAAAGACUAAAAUAAAGUUUUUAUAUUACA